CUUUCAUACAUUUCACAAUGACAAAUUGAUUCAACCAGCUGUGUGAUUUCUAAAAAUUGCGUCUUAUUUGUAAUAAUAUAAAUUAAUUCCUUGAACCUUUAUUUGCAAUCGUUAUUUAUUGUAAUUUGCAAUAGUUACGAAGAACUGCGGAUAAAAUGGCAUACGCCUACUUGUUCAAAUACAUCAUCAUCGGCGACACAGGUGUAGGCAAGUCAUGCUUACUACUCCAGUUCACUGACAAAAGAUUCCAGCCCGUGCAUGAUCUCACAAUCGGUGUAGAGUUUGGUGCUCGCAUGAUCACCAUUGACGGCAAGCAGAUCAAACUCCAAAUAUGGGACACGGCUGGUCAGGAGGCAUUCCGAUCGAUCACGCGGUCGUACUACAGGGGCGCGGCGGGCGCCUUGCUCGUGUACGACAUCACCAGGCGGGACACAUUCAACCACCUCACCACCUGGCUCGAGGAUGCGCGCCAGCACUCUAACUCCAACAUGGUCAUCAUGUUGAUUGGAAAUAAGAGUGACUUGGAAUCACGACGUGAAGUAAAGAAGGAGGAGGGUGAAGCCUUCGCCCGCGAGCACGGACUGGUCUUCAUGGAGACUUCGGCCAAGACCGCGGCCAACGUCGAGGAGGCGUUCAUCAACACUGCCAAAGAGAUCUACGAGAAAAUACAGGAGGGCGUGUUCGAUAUCAACAAUGAGGCGAACGGCAUCAAGAUCGGUCCCCAGCACUCGACGGCGGGCGGCGCGGCGGGCGCGGGCGGCGCGGGCGCGGGCGGCGCGGCCGGCGGCGGCUGCUGUUAGGUGCUGCACUGCACACACUGAGGAGGGCGCGCGGCCCCCACACCGGGCUCACGAGGAGGAGGUGCAGCUGUGUGCAACGAACAUUGGUACGAAACUUACGCAUGCCGGAUUAAUAGGAUUAUUUUAUAUAUGCUACAGAAUAGCUUGCGUCUGACUCACGUUAUAAUAUAAUACGCCGCUAAGGCACCUCUAUACUUAGUAGGAAAUAUUCAAUUACCUUAAAUUAAUGCCAUCUUUCAAAAAAACUUGAUUUGUAAAUGAACAACAAUAAAUACAGAUCAAAUUCUAGCAUUCAAUCCAUUUACUAUUCCCGUUUGCAGUAUAUUAGGUCCCCCAAAGACGAUGGCAAUUAAAAUUUAAUCUCUUUAUUAAUAGGCAUCUAUUUACUGUACACAUAAGUUUUAUUCGAACGCGUUCAAAUAUGGAAGAUAAUGGUUACGUCGAAUGGACCAGAUGUGAGAAAUUAAAUAGUCGUAUGUAAUAUUGUAAUAAUAAAAUAGAUCCUUCAUACGAUUUUCUAAGCUUUUAUGUAAUUUUGUGUAUGUAAUUCUGUGUAUAUUUAAUUUGCAAAUUUCAUAAAUAAUAUUUCACAAUUAUCUUGUAAUCUGGCAUUUAUUUAAAAGAUCGUGUUAUAUGUUGUAUAUCAUCGUAGUCUCAUUAUUGUCUGUGUUGGCCAAUUGUGGUAUUCGACAGGCAAGUUUAUCAUGCUACGGUUUCUAUACGAAGUACUGCACUGGGUAUGGUCAUGCCUAUGGGUUUUAGUGACGAGUAUGAGUAAAUGGCACUCGAUGGAUGGAGUGUAUGCGCCACAGAUCUUGGUAUAGAAACAGCAGUAAACCAACGCCUCGUCGAUCGGUAGCGACUGAAUGUUUGCCACAGUAUGCGACAAAACAUUCACUUGUAUUAUAUUUUGUAGCCUGAGCUACAAUGUUUAACUGGUACAUACAUUAUAUAUUUAGGUUUACAUAAUAUAUUGGUAUAUUAGAAAAUAUUUUUAUUAUUUAUGUCAACAUUUUAGUUUAUGGAGAUUCAUCUGUACAAAUUGGGAAAAUUUGAUCCUGUUAAGUGAAUCAAGGUGAACAUGUUGUAUAUUUUUAGAUUUCAUCUAAUUAUAAAUGAUUUCUGGUACCUUCUUUACCUUGCAUCGAAGAAUUGAGACCAAUUUGUCAGCUGUUAGAUCAAAAUACCAAGUAUGCUUUUAGGUGGUGGCCUAAUAUAAAUAGUUAUGCACAAGAUACCAAUUUUGGAAUGGUUCGGAAAUGAUGAAAUUGUAAACUUAAAAAAGGACUGCUUGCAAGGUACUGAAAGACAUGAUUACAAAAUAGGUUAUUUUUAAGUUUAGCACAUUGUAAUGAUAUAAUAUUUUGUAAGGUUACAAUAUGCAGACACAUUUGUAAGGUGUAAUUCAUGAGAGUAAAUGUUGAAAAACAA